UCCUACAGCGUACUGCGCACUUUUCAGUGCCAGGAAUUCCUUAAACCACAAACGACGUGACCAAUAACGAAACAAAGACGUUUGCUGCCCGAAAAACCUUCUUAGUUGUGGACAUUCAUCGCCCGCGUUACCCCGGUAGAAUCUUGCUCAGUACAUUCGUCGUGGGAAGCUUCAGCUUCUUGUAAACGCGCGACCCCUGUGCGGCCAUCAAUCAUGCGUUUCACUACUACGCGACACGUUUCAGCUUCGCGGAGACGCCCAUGCCCGUGAUUUGCAUUCGUAAAAAUGGUUGUGCUACCAAUAUAUCAGCUCAGCGAAAGACUUAACUUGAAACACACCGAGUGACAUCUAUCGGAAACGCUAUCAAACCAACAGUGAAAGAGGGUUUGCAUCACGGAUCAGCGGCGGGAAUGGUUCUCACAUGGUUGUCAGAUCAAAACAAAAUACAUGAAAUACAGUAUGAAGAUAUUUCAAGAUUGGCACCACUGCUUUGGAAGCAUGCGCAAAGUGCAUGGGCAGAAAGUUCCCGCUAACAGCCGUCAAUCAACUGGUGGCUGGAAAACCAUUGCAAUCAUAACAGAUCGUAGCAACCAUCAGGCAUGGGAUUGAUCAAACAAAGUUUGCAAAAUAUUUUCCUUUCAGCAUUCUUGUGGUACCAGAAAUUCCUGUGCAGUGCAGGUUAAUACCGAUUAAUUCCGUGAGUUUUCCUCUGUUUUGUUUUCUAAUUUCUAAUGUCUGCUGCACGCCGCACCGUCACUCGUGGUGGAAGCAAAUCCGGCCGCGGCAAGGCUAGACCGUCUAUCUCGAAGGGUCACCCGGUCGGGGGUACUUUGGCGAAGGAUAAACUCACUACCAGACAGGAGAGUGAAGAAUCGGAAUCUUCCGAACCGAUUUCAUCAUCCGACGAGGAAGAACGCUGGAAGGAAUCGAACAACACCAACGAUGUACCGUCCGAGUACUGGCACAUUCAGAAGCUGGUCAAGUACAUGAAGGCUGGCAACCAGACGGCAACGAUUGUGGCUCUGUGCUGCCUAAAGGAUCACGACCUUACGACGCAGAUGAACCAAAGGGCGAUUCAGGACUGCGGCGGGCUGGAAGUGCUCGUCAAUCUGCUCGAGAGCAACGAUCUCAAGUGUCGACUGGGGGCACUGACGGUGUUGUCGGAGAUCUCGUCCAACUUGGACAUCCGCCGUUCGAUAGUUGACCUAGGAGGUAUUCCGCUGUUAGUGCAGAUACUGUCGGAACCGGGACGGGACCUGAAGAUCAUGGCGGCGGAGACACUCGGAAACGUCGCCAAGGUACGGCUGGCCCGCAAGCUGGUGCGGAAGUGCGGGGGCGUACCGCGGCUGGUCGAUCUGCUCGAUGUCAAUAUCAAUGUGCUCCGCUCGCUGCGUGACCAACUGGGCGAGGAUGAGCGGGAAAUGCUGGACAUGGCCCGGGCUGGAGCCCGAGCACUUUGGUCACUCUCGGAGUCGCGUCACAACAAAGAACUGAUGUGCAAGGGGGGCAUCGUUACGCUGAUGGGCAGACUGCUCAAAAGUGUCCACAUCGACAUCGUGGUUCCGACUAUGGGUACCAUACAGCAGUGCGCCUCGCAGGCCAACUAUCAGCUGGCGAUCACCACCGAAGGAAUGAUUUACGAUAUUGUGUCUCAUCUGACGUCGGAUAACCUGGAUCUCAAACGGCAGUGCAGUUCGGCUAUUUUCAAGUGCGCCAGUGAUAAGACCGCUAGCGAUAUGGUGCGGGAAUCUGGUGGAUUGGAACCGUUGGUAGGUAUUGCCAAGGAUAAAUCAGUUCGCGACAAUAAGCCUCUGCUAGCUGCAGCCACUGGGGCUCUGUGGAAAUGUGCCGCCAGUGAAGCCAACGUCAAAAAGUUGGAUCAACUAAAAACGGUACAGGUUCUCGUUCAAUUGUUGAACGAUGAAAGCGAAGAUGUUCUUACGAACGCAGUUGGGGCCAUAUCUGAAUGUGUCAAAUAUCAGAAUAACCGUGAAACUCUUCGCACCUGCGGAGGAAUUCCGAUGCUUGUAAACUUAUUGAAUAUGACGCAUGCUCCGUUGUUGGAGAACAUAGCGAAAACUCUAAAGGAAUGUGCGUUCGAUGCGGAAAGUAUGACAAUAAUGGAAGAAUUGGACGCAAUUCGGUUGAUUUGGUCACUGUUAAAAAACUUCAACCCGAAAGUUCAAGCUCAUGCCGCUUGGGCGUUAUGUCCAUGUAUCGAAAACGCCAAGGAUUCCGGUGAAUUGGUUCGAAGUUUUGUCGGUGCCCUCGAAUUGGUUGUCGGCUUACUCAGCUCGCGUGAUAAUUUUGUACUUUCGGCAGUCUGUGCCGCUAUCGCAACCAUCGCUAAGGAUCGCGAGAACUUAUCGGUUCUAUCCGAUCACAAAGUCAUCCCAAUGUUGGCGCAUCUUGUUUACACAACCGAUGAUUUACUGCGAGAAAAUCUAGCAGCCGCUAUUGCCAGUUGUGCUCCGUAUGCUUCGAACACGCAAGAACUGGGCAAACUACGCACAGUGACACCCAUCGUUGGUUACAUGGUAAGCAACAACCCUCGGGUUCACCGCACAACAGCAAUGGCUCUACAGAAGCUCUCGGAAGAUCCUCAGAACUGCAUCACGAUGCAUCAGAGCGGCGUGGUUCCAUUUCUGCUGGAAACUGUUGGCUCUAAGGAUCGUGAGCUCCAAGAGGCUUCCGCAGGCUGUCUGCAGAAUAUCCGGAAGUUGGCGCUUCGUGCCGAAGAGCUUGAGUUCCGUGGCGAAUGAGAAUGUUAGUCAAAAUGAGAAAAAAAAAUUAUGCUCAAUUUUAUAUCACAUUUUAGCUGUUCGAAUACACGUUUCUGAACU